CCUGCACUUCCCGAACCCCACUAAGCGCUCCUGUCCACCCGCAGCUUCGACAACGCGCCAAACAAUUGAGGUCGCAACACGAACCUGAUCUCCAACUUCCGCAUAGCGAGAUAUCGCAGCCAUGUCACGCACAGCAGCUCUCUCCUCUUUCGUCGACAGCGCGCCGCCUGGUGAACUUGUCGAAGUUACCAAGGCAAUCAAGUCAAUCCUCGGCGAUGAAUCAGUCCAGAACGAACUCUCGCCUGCCUUCCAAAAGUACAACGAGGAGCAGUACACCACAACGAAGCUUCCGGGCGGCAGCACCGAAGUUCUAGUCAGCGAAUACAACUCGUUAGGAGACGGCAGAUACUACGACAUCGAUACACAGAGCUCCUUCGACUUUGACCAUGCGACUGGCAAGGCAAGCGCAGUCCAGAGCUACGUUGUCGAGAGCGCGCAUGAGGAUCUCCUGAAGAGCCUCAACAAGUCCCUCGGCACCCACGCCUCAGAACACUACCCCAAAUCCUCCCACGGCGUCUUCCCCGUUCCUUCGUCCCCCUCUUCCCUCGCCAUCAUCACCGUCGCAAACAAGUACUCCCCCACAAACUACUGGAACGGCCGCUGGCGCAGCUCCUACAUCUACGACACCUCCUCCGGCUCCAUCUCCGGUAGCAUAAAAGUCGACGUGCACUACUACGAAGACGGAAACGUGCGUCUGCUCACCACCAAGGAGGUCAACCUGAGUGCUGGCGGCAGUGCAAAUGGAACCGAGAUCAUGAGGAAGAUUGCUGCCGAGGAGAAGAAGUACCAGGAGGAUCUCAACAAGGCGUUUGGCAGUCUGAGUGAGGGCGCUUUCAAGGCUCUGAGGAGACAAUUGCCGAUUACGAGGCAGAAGAUUGAGUGGGAGAAGAUCAGUGGUUAUAGGUUGGGCCAGGACAUUGGUGGUGGAAGGAGGUGAGAGGGUUGUCCGAUCAAUUGAUUAGCAUAGCGGGUGGUCGAAUGCUUGAACGAUGAGCAAGAAGAGUGGUAUCUUUGAGGAAUAGAGGUUACUGAAUACGAUGCAUCCAACAAUUCCCAAUCCAUUACUGAUGGUCGUUUCGCCCCUCCCUACUGAAGGUAAGAGUUGCUGUUAUCGAGGUCGGCUCCAUCAACAACCAGCCUUAUUCUUUGAUCAUUACUUUUCAGCCUCCACUUCGCAGAGACCGCCCGUCUACACAACAGAGCUUUUGGGAUCCCUGGAUUCCACAAAUAUCAACGGACAG